GUUUGAUUUUUCUUUCGCAGUACUUUCAGGAGAAAUGGCAAAGAGUUACUUCAAGCAAGAGCAUGACCUUGAGAAGAGACGUGCCGAGGCUGCUAGAAUUAGGGAGAAAUAUCCUGACAGAAUCCCGGUGAUCGUGGAGAAGGCUGAGAGAAGUGAUAUUCCAAACAUUGAUAAAAAAAAGUACUUAGUCCCAGCUGACUUGACAGUGGGUCAAUUUGUCUAUGUAAUCCGCAAAAGAAUCAAAUUGAGUGCUGAAAAGGCUAUCUUCAUUUUUGUGGACAAUGUCCUCCCUCCAACUGGUUCGAUAAUGUCUGCCAUAUAUGACGAGAAGAAGGAUGAAGAUGGAUUCCUCUAUGUUACCUACAGCGGGGAAAACACAUUUGGGCACCAGAUACAACUGUAGAGCAAGGCCAAUGGGUUUUCUGACUUUUAUCUUCCUUUUCUUGCUUGUGUUGAUAAUAAUUCUAUUAUCAAUUCCUAAAAUGUAAAGACCUCUCCAGUGUCUAAUAUGUACAGUCAUAUUAUGUAUAUAGCUCCAGGAGACAUUGUCAAAUAUUAUAAUUUCUGAUUUAUAAUUUAAAUAAUUCAUUGUCUUCUAAUAUAUGAGCUUUAAAACCAUGGUGAUGCUUUCACUU